CAAACACACACAAACACACACACACACAUAACAGUAAACCUAGAUGGGAAAGAAAAAGUAGGUAUUAAAGAUUUUGAAAUAUUGAAAGUUCUUGGAGAAGGAACCUACGGCCGAGUUUUCCUAGUCCGAAAAAUUACCGGCCCCGAUUCUAAUAAGUUCUAUGCCAUGAAAGUUCUAAAAAAGGCAGAGAUUGUAGUAAAAGCGAAAAAUGCCGAGCACAUGAUGACCGAACGGCAGGUCCUCGAACACAUCAGACGGACUCCCUUCGUGGUCACGCUGCAUUACGCUUUCCAAACUGACGAGAAACUGCAUCUGAUUCUAGACUUUGUGAAUGGAGGCGACCUAUACAGUAGUCUGAACUCGAGGGGCGGUUUCAAUGAGGAGCAGGUCAAAGUUUACAUCGCCGAGAUUGCCAUUGCACUGGAAUCGUUGCAUAAGAUAGGAGUUAUUUAUAGAGAUUUGAAACUGGAAAACGUUCUAUUGGGUGCUGAUGGUCACAUUGUCCUGACUGAUUUCGGACUAAGCAAAGAAUUCUUACCAGCUGAUAAGUAUCAUAGAACUUAUUCGUAUUGCGGCACAGUUGAAUAUAUGUCGCCAGAACUGGCUUCAAAAUGCAAAGAUGGACAUGAUUACACUGUUGAUUGGUGGUCGUUAGGAGUUCUCUGCUUUGAGUUGAUCACAGGUUCGAAUCCCUUCUCCAACGGAGACCUCGGAGAAGAUACCGUUAACAGGUUAAUAACUUCUGUGGAGCCUUCGGUUCCCGCGUUUCUUUCACGCCACCUAGCCAGCCUGAUCAGAUCCUUGCUCCAGAAGAAUCCGAAAUUUAGAUUAGGCAGGAAUGGGAUCGAUGAUUUGAAGGCACAUCCCUUCUUCAACAAUUUAGAUUGGGACAAACUGCAGAGGAAAGGACUUCCGCCCCCGUUCAAACCAAAGAUCAUAAAUGAUUACGACGUCAGCAAUUUUGACGACAGCUUCACUAACAAGCCACUAGUUUCUCCGCCUGUUCAUAAAAAAGCGUGCUGCCUGAGAAACCCCGCCGAUGGCCUUAAGAAUUCAAGCCAAGGUUACUCAUACGUCGCUCCGUCGGUUUUGUUCACAAAAAAUUCUCUAUCUGGUUCCUUCCUAUCUCUGAGUGAUGAUGACGACGACGACGAUGAUGAUGAUGGUCCUGGUGAUGAUCUUAAUAUCGCCCUAGCCAUGACUUUCAAGGACAGUGGGUUUUUCCAGAAAUAUUCAAUGGACCUUGACGGCGGAGAGCUGGGCAAGGGAUCGUUUUCUAUUUGCAAGAAAUGCAUAGACAAGAAAACAAAGACGGAAUACGCUGUAAAAAUCGUGAGUAGGCGUGUGGAUACGAGAAAUGAAACGGCGAUAAUGAGGGAGCUACAAAGCUGCCCAUUUAUCGUCCAACUGAUUGACGUUUUUCAGGACAAGCUGCACACGUACAUCGUAAUGGAGCUGGUGAGUGGGGGCGAGUUAUUGAGUAAAAUUUUCCACCAAAAUUAUUUCGGAGAGGCCGAAGCGAAGCACGUAUUUCGGCAGUUGCUGAGCGCCGUUCAGUACAUGCACCAUAACAACUCCAUCGUUCACAGGGACCUUAAACCAGAGGUUUAUUUAUUUACAGACAACCACAACAACUACAACAACAACACUCCCAACAGUACCAGCACGAACAACAGCAAAACUUCCAACGCGAGCAAUGGAUUGAAGACCCCGUGCUUUACAUUAUAUUACGCUGCUCCCGAAGUCCUGAGCAAGGGGAGGAGCUAUGACGAGUCAUGUGACCUGUGGAGUUUAGGAGUUAUAUUGGUUAGUUGUUGUUGUUGUUGUUUUCGUUGUUACGACAACGACGAUGAUGAUGCGGCUUUAUUUAACAUAAUGAGGAGGAUAAAAGCUGGAGAUUACAACAUGAAAGGCGAGAGGUGGGAUGGAAUUUCCCAAGAUGCUAAAAAUAUCAUUCAAGGCCUGCUAACUGUCGACCCGACAAAGCGCCUAACAAUCAAACAAUUGCUCGAUCAUGAUUGGCUGUUUCCUUACAGCGACCCCUGGCAAGUCACGACGUCAUCAACAGCCUCACCGAAGAUCGCAAAUAAGAGGGAGGGUUUUAAACUGUUGGCCGUUGAUGGUGCGCCACUGGCUAAAAAACGAAAGCGAAAGAAUAAAACCGAAACUGAACUUUACUUGAAAUCCGAUGGUGGUAUUAAUAGCGAGUCAAAGAGUAAUAGCAACAGUGACAGCAUUCGCAGUAGCAGUAGCAGUUGUAAUGUUGGCACUGAUGAAAUUAUUUGUGGCAGAAGUAGUUGUAGUAGUGGCAGUAGUCGAAAUACUAGUAGCACUAUAUCCGCCCCAUCUUCGCCAUGA